AUGGAGGGAGUGACCUGGGGCCUUCUCCUUGUGCUGGCAGGCCUGCCUGCCUUGGAAGCCAACGACCUGAUGGAUAAAGACAGUUCCUUCUCUUACGACUGGAAGGCCCUGCAGCUGGGCGGGAUGAUCUGCGCCGCGCUCCUGUGCAUCGCGGGAAUCUUGUUCGCCCUGAGUGGCAAGUGCAAAUGCAAGCACAAUCGCAAGCACAGCCCCUUAGCUGAGAAAGCUGUUCCACUCAUCACUUCAGGCUCUGACAGUACCUGCUGAGCGCAGGACCAGCUUCGUGGCACC